AUGAAUCCGUGUCGCUACGGUGGCUGCGCCAUUGAAACGUUUCCAACAGCGCCUCUUCUGAAGUACUUGAAAUGCAAUUGCGUGCUGCAGUACACCGGAGAAUAUUGCACUGAGUUGGUGGAUGGAGCAGUUGGGCGAGAGAUCGUGCGUUUUUCUCCAUUUAUUGCACACAUAUGUUCAACUGUAUGCAUAUUUAUUAUUUUCUUCUGCUGCAGAAGGGCAGUGUAUGUUAUUUUCACUUACUUUACGUACACAAAAAUGCAAUAA